AUGAGUGAGAAUACCAAAAGUCCAUCAAUUGAUAGUAGUGCAAAUGUGGUAAACUUUUCAGCAGGAGAUACAACCACUACCAACACAUUAACACAAAACUCAACAACAGCAACAGUAAGUGGUGGAGGAGAAUCAACAGCGUCUUUCACCACCCCUCUAUUAUCAGAAAGAGAUUCUACUUCGUCGGCUGUUCCUGAAGAAGAAUUUCCAGAAGUUAGACUUACAUUAUUAUUAGUUUCUGGAAAACGACACACAUUCAAGUUUGAGCAUAGUGAUACAAUAGGAAAUGUAAAGAAACAGUGGGCAGAUGAGACGCCAGCAGCAGCUUCAAGCCUGAAAAUAGUUUAUCUUGGUCGAUUUCUAGAAGAUCAGUCGACUCUUGAAACAAAUAAAAUAUAUGCCGGGCAAACUACAAUUGUCCAUUUGACGAUUAAAAAUAUACCGUCUACAGAUGCAGAUGAUCCUAAAUCAACAGAAAAUGCGCCGAGGUGUCAAUGCACAAUGCUGUGA